AACGUGGUACCUCCACCAUUUCUGUCACUCGUCGAGAGUUUUUGCUCGCGGCAGGAGCACAGAGGAGAAGUUCGAAGAUAUACGAAUAAUAAAAUUAGAGACGAUCGAGUAAUCGAGAGGGCGCAGUGCGGUUCAAUGCUGCCUGGUGUCGGCGUGGCUCCUGCAUUUUCCGCCGUCCGAACGUCGUUGCCUGUGUAAUAGUUUAUUUCAAUCGUUACGUCUCGUCGUGCUUAUCAACGAGGGAAGGAGGAACGAAGGAAAGAAGAUGAGCAAGACGUGCGCUCGUUGUGAGAAAACGGUUUAUCCGAUCGAGGAGCUCAAGUGUCUCGAUAAGAUAUGGCAUAAGCAGUGCUUCAAGUGUCAGGGCUGCGGUAUGACCUUGAAUAUGCGAACUUACAAAGGCUUCAACAAACAGCCAUACUGCGAGGCACACAUACCAAAAGCAAAGGCAACGACGAUGGCGGAAACACCAGAAUUAAAACGCAUCGCGGAGAAUACAAAAAUUCAAAGCAACGUAAAGUAUCACGCAGAGUUCGAAAAAGCAAAAGGAAAGUUCACGCAAGUCGCGGAUGAUCCAGAGACGCUGAGAAUCAAGCAGAACAGCAAGAUAAUUUCAAACGUUGCUUAUCAUGGUGAACUUCAGAAAAAGGCGAUUAUGGAACAGAAAAGGACCAUGACCGGAGAGAAUGGGGAACAAAUCGAGUACGUAGAGUACACGGACGGUACAAUCGCACCUGCCUCGAGCAGUUACCUAAAUGCGAAUCCACCAGUUGCGAGAACGGCAAACUCGCCUGUACAAAGGACACCAGGUAGGAUCGCUGAUUACGAUCCCCUUAGCGAGGCAAGGCCGAGUCCUUAUUCCGCCAGGCAAGCCGCGACCACGGUCAUUUAUACCAGUGACAAAGGUCCAGUGACGAAUCCACCUACACGAAAAAUUGGCUCCGUUGCGGAUAUCGACCCGGUGAACGACUAUUACGGAUCGCUCACGCCUGCGACGAAUAACAAUCACGUGAUACAGCAUCAGCAGCCACCACCACCGCCACCUACCAACGUCGGAAGAGUCUACAGAGCGAUGUACGAUUACGAGGCACAAGAUUUGGACGAAGUAAGCUUCUGUGACGGUGACCUGAUUGUUAACUGUACAGCUAUCGACGAAGGAUGGAUGACCGGUUUGGUACAACGUACAGGUCGGCACGGUAUGCUUCCAGCAAACUAUGUCGAGCCAGCGCAGAUCUAAGGACCAUUAUAUUUCAACGAUGGAUCUUCUUAGGCUAGCUGCCAUCUAAACUUCUCGUUUGUUGUCAACGUGCUUGGAUUGAAACGUUCGCGAUCGAUAGAAACGUUAGAGUACACUGGUAGUGUGCGUGCGUGUGUUGAAAGAGAAAAAGAGAUGAAAAUGUAAAGAGAGAGAGAGAGAGAGAGAGAGAGAGAGAGAUAGAGAUAGAGAUAGAGAUAGAGAUUAUUCUUUGCUUGCGAGAGAGAUCGUUCGUUUUUGUCCAAUUUUUUAUGUACAAUGCUCUCCUUGCCGUGUUAGAAAAGAUAAACAUGUCGAACGGGACAUCUUCGAGAUAUGUUAUACGUCCUGUUCGAGAAAUUGUUUGAUUUCUUCUUUUUUUUUUCCUUCUUUAUUUUUUAUUAUUAUUUCUUUUUUCUUUUUUAAUAUAUGAAGAACAAAAAACGAGAUAAUACUUUUGUCAUCGAAUUCGAUGAGGAAACGCUUCGUUUUAGUUUUGUUGACGUCGGUCGUUAUCGUCCUCGUCGUCGUCCUCGUCGUCGUCGUCGUCGUCGUCGUCGUCGUAUUCAGACGCCUUGCUCUUUCUUUUUCCUUACUAUAAUGGGUCCUUGAUUUCUUUGUUUCUUUCUUUCUUUCUUUUUUUUUAUUACCAUACCGUUUUUGCAUUUUUAAUGUAUCAAACGUUAUCGAUAUAUAUAUAUAUAUAUAUAUAUAUAUAUAUAUAUAUAUACCUCUGAAAUAAUAAUAUUAAUUAUAUAUAUAUAUAUAUAUAUAUAUAUAUAUAAAUGAGAUAUAAUAGCGAUAUAUAGUUACGAGUUGGGGACCAAGCAUUUUGUAAUGAAUUACAUGUUUGCGAGCGAACGAAGGAGAAUGUUCGAAUUUGAUUAAAGUUCUUUCUUUUUCUUUUUUUUCUUUCUUUUUGUAUCAUUCUUCAUUGAAACGAUCAUUGUACUUUUCUAUCUUCGUUCGCUUGUUGACGCUGGCGCAAAUGCGACUUUUUUACACGGUUAAAUCUUUUAUCUUCCAAAAUGUCUUCCUCUUGAACUAUUAUUCAAGAAUGACCAAUCAAAAAUUCGAAACGUUGCCUUUCUUCGAUGAGAUAUCACGUUACACACAUUCCUUGAUUGUGGAAAGAUUGUUCUAUAUAUAUAUAUAUUUUUUUUUUUUUUAGAAGUGAUGAGGUCAGUAGUGCAUUUAUAUACGGGGAGUCAAAAGUUUCUUCUAAGUGGGCCAAAAAUUUCUUGGUGACAUUAAAUAUCAAUUACUUUAUUAUUAUUAUUUUUUUUAAUUAUCUUUUUUAAGACUUUAAAAAAAGGCUAACUAUUUUUUUGAACUUUAGCCUGUUGUUUAGCCUAUUGAUGUACGAGCCCGGUCAAAGGUCUAAUAAUUCUGAGAAAAGAAAGUAAAUCGUUUUUUUUUUUCUUUUUUUAAAUCACUUAGAUAUUUUUGGCUCUCUCUCCUUCUCUCUUUUUCCCUAUACCUAUUUAGGAACUUUUGGCAUUGAUCCUGUAUACGUAAAUCGUACAAAAUGAUUCGAAAAGUGACUCUGUGAUUCUUGUGCCUUUGUCGCCGUUGUCGCCGUUUUCUAUCGAUCUAUUCUAUUUUUCUUUUCUUUUUCUUAAUUUUUAAUCUUUUAAUUUUUGUUCUUGUCUCUUUCUUUUCUUUUUUUUUUCCUCUCUGAAGAAACACGAAUGAAAAGAAUUUAUUUAUUGUACCGCUACGUGCCUUAUAUAUACAUAUAUACACACACACGUAGGAUGAUUAUGAAUUUGAUCAACUUCGAGAAUAUUUGAUACAUAUAAAUAUACAUAUUCAUAUAUAUACUAUUACAUAGAAUAAUUAUUGUCUAAUUUAUAUAUAUAUAUAUAUAUAUAUAUAUAUAUAUAUAUAUAUAUAUAAAAUGAAUAUAUAAAGAGAGAAAAUUUGUCAUAUGUAUUUUAUACGAUCGAACAAACGUUAAAAAGAGAACAACAAACAUGUUAAUUAUAAUUAUUAUAGCCUAGCGAAAGAAAUGUAAUUCGCUUUUAAAACAGGAAAAAGAUAAUAAUCGUUAAAAAUGUUAUUACUGAUUCUUCAUUCUUUUUUAUUGUUUCUUUUUAACUAAUUAUAGUUAUUAAUCGACCAAUUUUUACUUGAUAGCUUUUAAGAGUUCCAUCGCAACAUACUACGGUCCCGCCUGUUGUAAGCUUUGCGUCUCUUUUGAAAUUAUUGUAAUUCCUAUAUUUUUCUAUUUCGUUUCUUUCUCUUUCUCUCUUUUUUUUUUUUUUUUAAUGUUUUAUUUCAUUUCAUUUUAUUUUAUUUUUCUUUUUUUCUUUUUUUAAAUACGAAUCAUCUCGCAAUGCAGAAUAUCUAAGGAUACCACUUUAUGGGACAUCAUAUAUACAUAUAUAUAUAUGUGUGUGUAUGUGUAUACAGGGUGGAUCAAAAAUCUCUAAUUGAUUUUAAAAAUCAAUUAUUCUUUUUCGAGAAUUUUCAGGCUCUCAAUUGUAUACUUAUAGUUUUACAAUCUGAAAACAAAAAAGAAGAGAUUAGCGUAAAGCUUAACAAAAAUUUCGAAGAGGAAUAAUCAAUUUUCCUCUUUCUUUCUUUUUUUUUUUUUCAACGUCCUAAGAACUUUUGAUCCCAUCCUGUAUACGUUUAAUGCGUCCGAUCGCAUUUUGUAAAGUAAAUUUGUUUUGCUAUUUUUUCUAUCCGUUUUCUUUUCCUUUUUUUUUUUCUUACUUUUAUUUCAUAUUUUUCAUUUUUCUUUUUCUUUCUUCCUCCGUUUUACUUAAAAUUUUUUUCCUCGUCUUUAGCGUCUUGGGAAAGAUAAAAAGAAAGAAGAAAGAAAAUAAAAUAAAUAAAUUAUCGAUGCGCUCGUGACGAAAAAGAAAACGUUAAUGAAUUUCAUUAAGUGAAGCAAUAAUAAUCGGGGUUCCUCAGAGAAAAUAUAUUCAUAUCAACAUUUACCUGAAUAGAAUGAUAGAAUGAUUUAGGACCGACGUUGUUGUUGUUGUUGUUGUUGUUGUUGUAGUAGUGCUUUUAAGUUGAUCCAUCAAGAAUAAUGGUGAUGUUAAAAGAAAGAAAGGAAAUUGCAAAAAAAAAAAGAAAAGAAAAA